GGAGGCAGCAUAGCACUACCAACUCUGAGCCACUCAAUCUCCUCACCUGAAGCACCGAGGAAAAAACAAAACAUGUUCUACAGAUUCUGGUGGCUUUUGUGGAUACUAGGACAGCAUGUGUUUUGGGCACAAAAUCUCAAUGAAGACAAACGAAAUGGAGUAAGACAACAAAAAUCUAAGCACUUUCUGUCAAAUGCUGUAGAAAAAUAUCCCAGUCCAAGUGAUCAAGAUGAAGAUUGCGUUCUUGAAAUAGCUUUUCUACUGGACAGUUCAGAAAGUGCUAAGAACUAUAAUCACGAACAACAGAAAAAAUUUGUAUUAGAAACAGUGAACAGUAUGAAAGAAGUGCAAGUCAAUUCUGGACGUACUCUCAGCUGGAGGAUGGCCUUACUUCAGUACAGUAGCACUGUUAUCAUGGAGCAAACUUUCCGAGACUGGAAAGGUCCUGAAGCUUUCAAAUCUCGCAUUGCUCCCAUAACCUAUAUAGGCCAUGGUACCUACACAACAUAUGCCAUAACCAAUCUCACACAACUGUACAUGACUGAAGGGACUUAUGGCAGUGUGAAAGCAGCUGUGCUCUUGACAAAUGGAGUGGAUCAUCCAAGAAAUCCAGAUAUUUUUGCAGCUACUGCUGAUGCUAAACAUCAAGGAAUUGUGUUCUUCACAGUAGGAAUGACCAGAGUGGCUGAGGAGGUGGCCAAUGCUGCCAAGCUUCGACUUCUGGCCAGUGUCCCAGCAUCAAGGUUUGUUUUCAACCUCCAGGAGAAAGGAGUUGUGGAGAAAAUUGUGAAAGAAAUGAAAGAUCUGGCUGAAGAAGGGUGUCCCCAAGCUCCUACAUGUAACUGUGAGAAAGGGGAAAGAGGCCUUCCUGGCCCUGCCGGGAAAAAGGGUCGUCCAGGUGAUAAUGGGGGUCCUGGCCAGAAAGGAGUAAAGGGGGAGGCAGGUCUCAAUGGAAUUCCAGGAAAAGAUGGAACAGAGGGAAAAUCUGGCUACAAAGGAGAAAAGGGGGAAAGAGGUGACUGUGGCACUCCAGGGAUAAAAGGUGACAGAGGUCCAGAAGGUCCAGUUGGUCACACAGGAUUAAGAGGUCUACAGGGUUCCCAAGGGCUACCCGGAGACCAAGGGCCUGAAGGUGUGCAAGGAUCAAAGGGUGAAAGAGGCCUCCCUGGGCCCCCUGGAUUGACUGGAGAAACUGGAAUAGGAUUGCCUGGCCCAAAGGGUGACAUUGGCUUGACAGGAAGACCAGGCCCUGUUGGCCCACCUGGAGCUGGUGAGCCAGGACUACCGGGGCCUCAAGGACCUCAAGGGAUUCAAGGAGAAAGAGGGUCACCAGGUGAAGGGCUUCCAGGACCAAAGGGAGAGCGUGGUUUUGAUGGUCCAAAAGGACCUCGUGGCCAGCCGGGCACUGGCAUAAAAGGUGAAAAGGGUGAAAUUGGCCCACCUGGUUUACCUGGGCCUAUUGGGUUAUCUGGCAUUGGGAUUCAAGGAGAAAAGGGGGUAGAAGGCCCAAAAGGACCGCCUGGUCCAAGAGGGCCACCUGGACAAGGGCUACCUGGAUCAAAGGGAGAACAAGGCUUGCCAGGAGAAACUGGAGCUCCGGGAGAAAGAGGUCCUGGGGAACCUGGUUCAAAGGGUGAGCCAGGUUCUUCAGGACUGGCAGGUCUGCCUGGUCUUCCAGGGGAAGAUGGAGCCCCAGGACAAAAGGGGGAGCCAGGAGUACCUGGCCUUCGAGGUCCCGAGGGUGCCCCAGGGAUUGGAAUACAGGGUGAGAAGGGUGAUCAAGGUCAGAGAGGUGUACGUGGAUUAUCGGGACCAACAGGAGUACCUGGACCUGCCGGUGCUAAAGGCGAACCUGGUGGGCCAGGACGUCUUGGAAUGCCAGGUCUUCCUGGUCGAGCUAUUCCAGGACCAAAGGGUGACAUUGGGUUACCUGGUCCUGCUGGCCCAGUUGGAGAACCAGGAGUUGGGAUUCCUGGCGCAAAGGGUGACCGUGGUCAUCCAGGACCACUUGGACCAUUUGGGCCAAAGGGAGAUGGUUAUCCAGGCCCACCUGGACUUCCCGGUCUUCCAGGAGCUCCUGGUGAACAAGGCCCCGAAGGAUUUGGAUUACCAGGACCUAAGGGUGAUCCAGGUGUUAGAGGACCAGUUGGUCUCCCAGGUCCACCAGGAGAAGGCCUUCCAGGACCAAAAGGAAAUGUAGGACGGCAAGGGUCCCCAGGCCCCCUGGGACCUCCAGGUGAAGGUAUUCAGGGAUCUAAGGGUGAGCAAGGAAUUCAAGGAAUGCCAGGACCUCGGGGGCCUCCUGGGGAAGGACUACUUGGACCAAAGGGUGAUCGCGGUGCUGCAGGUGAAAGGGGAAGAAAAGGAGAAAAAGGCAACAUGGGUGAUCCUGGUUUGUCCGGAGAACCUGGCAGUACUGGACCCAAGGGAGAGCAAGGCCUAACAAGAGAAGAUAUAAUUAAAUUAAUUAAAGAGAUAUGUGGCUGUGGUAUUAAAUGUAAGGAAAUACCUAUGGAGCUUGUGUUUGUGAUUGACAGCUCUGAAAGUGUGGGACCAGAAAAUUUUGAGAUAAUUAAAGACUUUGUCACUGCUUUAGUAGAUAGAGUAACUGUAGGCAGAAAUGCUACCAGAAUUGGUCUUGUACUCUACAGUUUAGAGGUUCGGCUAGAAUUUGGACUUAACAGGUACACAACCCAACAAGAUGUGAAACAAGCAAUUAGAAAAAUGCUGUAUAUGGGGGAAGGUACAUAUACAGCAACUGCUAUCCGCAAAACAACACAGGAAGGAUUUUUUGGUGCUCGAACUGGUGUGCGAAAAGUAGCUAUAGUAUUAACAGAUGGACAGGCAGAUAAGAGAGAGGCUAUUAAACUGGAUAUCGCUGUCCGAGAGGCCCACGCAACCAACAUUGAAAUGUAUGCAAUAGGAAUUGUAAAUACUUCAGAUCCAACACAAGUUGAAUUCUUGCGUGAACUAAAUCUGAUUGCAUCAGAUCCUGACAGAGAACAUAUGUAUCUCAUUGAUGAUUUUAAUACUCUUCCAGCUUUGGAGUCCAAAUUAGUAAACCAGUUUUGUGAAGAUGAGCAUGGUGCCUUAAUAUAUAAUCGUAUUGGAAAUGGUGCAAGCAUAAGUGGACCAUCUAUCCAUUCACUGUCUUCCAGUUCUUCACAUUACUUACUUCACAGCAUCAACAAUGUUAAUGGACAAUCAGUUUCAUCAGACAGUCAUGGAACAUCUGUGAAAGAAAGAAAGCUUUCUCAACCAUUAAUUCCGACCAAAGAAUCAUCUGUGGCAGUUUAUGAAGACGGGCAGCCAUCCUUGCCCUCAGUGAACACCAGAGUAGUGGUAUCAUCACUGCCAUCAUCACCGCCAGACAAAAUGCUGUCACCAUCUCUUUCAUCAGCUUCCUCUGUGUUGCUUACACCCAGACCAGAAAAUAUCCUGGAUCCACGAUGUAAAUUGAGAUUAGAUCAAGGGUCAUGUCGUGUGUAUAUAAUAAAAUGGUACUAUGAUAAACAAGCUAAUGCCUGUGCUCAGUUUUGGUAUGGCGGUUGUGAUGGAAAUGCAAAUCGCUUUGACGUUGAAGAUGAAUGUAAAAAGGCCUGUGUAUUUCAUUCUGGAGGUAAGACUGUAUAAUUUUCUCUACAUUAAAAACUAGUAUUUUAUGUGAUUCCCUAAUAUGAUUAAUUAUCUGGUAUCUUAUAUUACAUACAAAAAAAAGUUAAAGAAUGUUAUUAA